GUCAAGUCUAUCAAUAUAACUCUAUACAGUUUCCAACUCUCACUAUUCAUAAGUUAUUAGAGAAUAUAAUUCCUGAGAUACAAGAUGCUGCCCGUUUGGACACCUAUUUUUCUAUUUUCCCUGAUGAUCCUGUCUAGCGUGUGGGGUAUGCCUUUGAUGCUCAAUAUAGAGGCUUUGGAAGGGAUUUUUGGCCAUCAUGAGUCAGUGGCCAAGUCUCAUUGUCCAGUUGAACUGAACGCCGCUGUAAGGGAAUUCCUUUCCUGGCCCAAUGAGCCAGUUAACCAAGAUCAGACAGUUCCUGAGAAGGAGGUCCAGCCGGAGAAGGUAAUUGAUCAAGAAGAUCUUGAGAAGAAUAAAGUGGAGGUGCCCCUCAACUUUCAGAGUUUGGAACUACAACCAGUUAUAGAGGCUAAAGUAGAGAAGGUCCUGGAACCGAUUAAGGAGUCCAAGGUUCAGGAAAAUGCCAAAGAAAGAAUUCGACGGGCACCUCUCCAAAAAUUACAAGGAAAUGUUAAAGACCGCAAAACGAGAUUGGUUAAGCCUCAUCUGGUAAACUACAGAAAGGAAAAUGCCAACAAGGAGACCAAUCAAUUUAUGGAAAACGUUUAACUGACUUAUUUAUAUUA